UUGGUAGAGAAUACUUCAUCAAAACGGCUUGCCGAGCAUCAAGGCCCAUUGGACUACUCCGUAUUGACUUCGGGCCGCAGUCGGAUAAUUUGAGUGAAACACCGCAGCGCCAGCAGGAUUAUUAACUGGCUCCCACUUUUCCAAAUUGGCUUUCGACUUUUUGUGGUCGUCCCGCUUUGGGGCUGGUGAGACGGCGUGCGCGCUGGUUUGUCCGUGUUUGGGCUUGUCUGAGGCAAAGCGUUCGGACGGGGGAUCACCUCAGUCGUACGUAAACUCAGAUCUUUGCCGGUGAUACGGCGUAUUUGUGUACUCAAGGGCGAUAACAUCGGCAAAUUUAGGGGCGGUUUAUUUUGCAAUUUGUUGACAGAUUGAUGGAUGGCUGACAGGCAGUAUAAUUCACCGUUCAUUGAUUUGACAGACGGAGUAGAGUGAUCCCGGAGGCGGUCGGGUCCCCUCGCACUGCGGGCUGAAUAGGAGGCGCUUGUUUGCACUUCUCCAGGCUGAGUCUGUGUGUGUGUGAGGAGAGAGGCUGGAGCCACAUCGUGCACAUACACGCACAGGGACGGACCCCAGGGAUAGAUACGGGCGUGCGCGCGGACUGGGACUGGCUCGCAGGCGUGGUAUGUGGAUUACCGAGCGGUGAGGAGAUCUAUUCGGGGAAGCUUACGUCCUUUCUGACCGUGUGUAGUUGGCGUGACGGCCGCUCAGCCGACCCGUGCUAGUGAGAGCGAGGAUCACCACUGGGACUUACGGACCAGCAGGCCCGAUUGGCCGGCGGGCGGGACGAACCCUUACCCCCUAUCUUACCGUGAUGAUACCACGGCUCGUGUCGAGGAUGGAUUUCUUGCUGUUGUUCUUGCUUGUUGUGGGACAGGCUGCGCUAGGCAGAAGUUGCCCUAAGCAGUGUUCUUGCCCAGGGAACAGUCUGGACUGCGGAAACAGAGGACUGAGAGCGGUGCCCAAAGGAAUCCCGCGGAACACAGAGAGAAUAGACUUUGAAGGGAACAACAUUACCAGGAUCGGCAAGAAUGACUUCGCUGGGCUGAGAAACCUGAGAAUUCUCCAACUGCUGAAUAACCAGAUCUCGACGAUCGAAAAGGGCGCCUUUCAGGACCUAGUGUCGCUGGAGCGGCUACGGUUAAAUGGAAACGUUCUGAAGAGUCUCCCAGACCUCCUGUUCUCCAACAUGCCAAGGAUCUAUCGACUUGAUCUGAGCCAUAACCAUAUACAAGUUGUGACAAAGAAAACAUUCAAGGGGGCAAACAAAAUGAAGAACUUGCAACUUGACAACAACAGACUCUCGUGCAUCGAGGAUGGAGCUCUGAGGGGAAUGAAGGAAAUGCAAGUUCUCCGUAUCGCCAACAAUGAGCUGAUCUGUGACUGUCACCUGUCCUGGCUGGCGGAAUGGCUGCGUAUGAGACCGAGGCUCGGACUGUUCACCCGUUGUGCCGCUCCAGCGCUGCUGUCAAACGUGCACGUCGCUGAGCUCCAGAGAAAUGAGUUCCUGUGCAAUGGUGUGGAAGACCACCUGCCCAAGGAGUGCGUGGUUAACGAGAUGUGUCCGGAGCUGUGCAGCUGUGCUGGUGGGAUUGUAGACUGUAGGGACAAGGGUCUCCUGGGCAUCCCCAACGACAUCCCUGCCACUGCUACAGAACUGAGACUGGAACAGAACCAGAUCAGAAGCAUCCCCAGCAAGGCUUUUGCACAGUACAAGAAGCUCAGGAGAAUAGAUUUGAGCAACAAUCAGAUCUCUGACAUUGCUCCUGAUGCUUUCGAAGGUCUCGACACUCUUAAUUCCUUGGUCUUGUAUGGAAACAAGAUUUCUACACUGCCUCCCAAAGUGUUCCAUGGGCUCUUCUCUCUCCAGUUGCUGUUGCUGAAUGCGAACAGAAUUUCCUGCAUACAGACUGAUGCUUUCAAGGACCUUCAUUCCUUGAACCUGCUGUCCCUGUAUGACAACAGGAUUGAAAUGAUCAGCAAGGGAACUUUUGAUCCACUCAGGAACAUCCAGACCCUCCAUCUUGCCCAGAACCCCUUCAUGUGUGACUGUAACCUGCGCUGGCUGGCCCAGUACCUGCAGGACAACCCCAUCGAGACCAGCGGCGCGCGCUGUGUCAUGCCGCGCCGACUCUCACGCAAACGCAUCAGCCAGAUCAAGGUGCACAAGUUCCGCUGCAGCAUGCGAGAGGCCAGAGAGAACGUUGGUGUGAGGAAAGGGUCAGGGCAGUGUAAGGUGGACGAUGACUGUCCUGACCGCUGCAUCUGCGAGGGAACAGUGGUGGACUGCACCAACCGCAAGCUGGACAGCGUGCCAGAUGUCAUACCUUCAUACGCCACUGAACUGCUGCUGGGAGAGAAUGAGAUAGUGAAGGUGCAUGCUUCUGGCAUCUUCAAGAAACUUCCCAACCUAAGGAAGAUAGAUCUUCGAAACAACAAGAUUGUGGAGAUUGAGGAUGAUGCUUUUAUUGGUGCUGAUGGUGUUACUGAACUGCUGCUGACAGAUAACAAGCUGGCCGCGGUGAAUGGGUCCAUGUUUAAUGGACUGACUGGCUUGAAAUCACUGAUGCUGCGGAGUAACCAAAUCAGCUGUGUGAACAACAAGACCUUUGCUGGCCUGGCCUCAGUCAGACUACUCUCCCUGUAUGACAACCGCAUUUCUACAGUCCAGCCCGGUGCCUUCGACUCCCUGAGAAGUCUGGCCACGCUGAACCUUCUGUCCAACCCAUUCAACUGUAACUGCCAUCUUGCCUGGCUGUCCGAGUGGCUGCGGACCAAGCGGGUGGUGACAGGCAACCCCCGCUGCUACAAGCCGUCCUAUCUACGGGAAAUCCCCAUCCAGGACAUCGCUGUCCAGGACUUCAAGUGUGACAUGGAUGAUGAAAACAGCUGUGUUCCCAUCAGCCAUUGCCCGGAGAUGUGCACGUGCACGGGGACCGUGGUGCGCUGCAGCCGCCAGAACCUCACCCAGUUCCCCAAAGACAUCCCCCGUGCCGUCACCGAGCUGUACCUGGACAUGAACCAGAUCAACAUCAUCCCCAACCUGUCGCACCUGAAGCACCUGACCAGGCUAGAUCUGAGUAACAACAUGAUUAGCAAAAUUUCCAACCACGCCAUUGCGAACCUGACACAACUCUCCACGCUGAUUUUGAGCUACAACAACCUGCGCUGCAUCUCUCCUAAGGCAUUUGCUGGGCUCAAGGCUCUCCGGAUCUUGUCUCUCCAUGGAAACCAACUAUCCACCAUCCCACAGGAGGCAUUCAAGGACCUGCAGUCCCUGUCACACAUUGCCCUUGGAGCCAACCCGCUGUACUGUGACUGUCACCUGGUCUGGUUGUCUGACUGGGUGAAGAAAGACUUUAUAGAGCCGGGGAUUGCCAAGUGUGCAGGACCCAAGCACACCAUGGCAGACAAACUCCUGCUCACCGCACCCUCACGCAACUUUGUGUGUUCUGGGAAAAAGGAAGGCCCUGAUGUGGAGAUCCUGGCCAAGUGUGAGCCAUGUCUGUCCAACCCCUGCCAGCACAACGGCUCGUGUGUGGAGGACCCUGGUCUAUCGUACAGCUGCACCUGUCAGGAGGGCUUCACCGGCAGGAACUGUGAAACUAUCCUGAACGAGUGCUUCACCUUCCCCUGUAAGAACUCAGGCACCUGUCACAAAAUGGAGGAGGGCUUCAGAUGUGACUGUGUGGAGGGUUUCGAGGGGGAGGUAUGUGAGGUAAAUGUGGACGACUGUGUGGAACACAUGUGCAUGAACAAUGGCUCCUGUGUGGACGGAGUGGACGGCUACCUGUGCAAGUGUGUGCCAGGAUACGCGGGGCACUACUGCGAACGUGAGGUCGACUUCUGCGAUCCCGGGAAGAACCCUUGUGAGAACGAUGGGAAAUGCAUCAGCGAGGAAGAGAUGUACAGGUGUGAAUGUGCCCAGGGCUGGACAGGCGAGAACUGCACCGAAAACAUUGACGACUGCAUUGAGCACAAGUGUGAGAACGGAGGCAAAUGUAUGGACGGUGUGGAUGAGUACACCUGCGCGUGUCCGGACGGGUUCAGCGGAGUUUACUGUGAGGUCACUCCGGUCAUCAUCCCUCGCACCAGCCCCUGCCAGUAUCAUGACUGUAAGAACGGCGCCCAGUGCAUCGACCAGGACGGCACGUUUGGAUGUCAAUGCAAGCCGGGAUACAAGGGGUCCCGCUGUGAGAACCUUACCAGCGUGUCCUACAUGACCAAAAAUACGUACACCCAGUUCCCGACGCUGAAAAAUCACCCCCACGCCAACAUCACCAUGGUCGUGGCCACCGACCAGGACAAUGGCAUUCUCCUCUACAACGGAAUCAUCGACCACAUUGCGGUGGAGUUGUUCCGUGGUCGUGUGCGCGUGAGCUACGACGUCGGAAACUACCCAGGCUCAACCAUCUACAGCUACCAGACCGUGAACGAUGGGAGAUACCACACCAUUGAGCUUAUUGCAGCAAACCAGAUGGUGAACUUGAGUGUUGACCAUGAAGAGGCCAAGAGCAUGGUGAACACGGGUCUGAACGAGCAGCUGAACCUGAUCACCCCCCUGUACAUUGGUGGGAUGCCGCAGGACGUCAACGCACAGGCUGUCAAGGACUGGCAUGUCAGGAACGGAACCAGCUUCCAUGGUUGUAUUCAGAGUCUCACCAUCAAUGAUAUGGAGGUGAACUUUGAUGGGGGGCUGGUGGUGGAGGGGGUUGUGCCAGGGUGUGGGGAGGACAAACCCGACCCCUGCCAGUCCAACCUGUGCAAACAUGGCACCUGUCGAGCCUUGAGCGACGUCAGCUAUUCCUGCGACUGUGACAAGGGAUUUACAGGAGCGCUGUGUGAAGACAAGGAACCCGACCCCUGUGAGGGUCACAGGUGCUUGCAUGGCACCUGCAAGGUGGUGGAUGAGAGCAGCUACAUGUGUGACUGUGAGCGGGGGUACACAGGCCUGACCUGUGAGCACAAGGCUGACCCCUGUGAGUCCCACAGAUGUGUCCAUGGAGCCUGCCAGGCAGUGGACAACUUUGAGUACACCUGUCAGUGCAAGCCUGGUUACUCAGGACCUCUCUGUGAUCAAAUUGUUGCAAAGGAGGGAGUUGGUCUUGACGAGCCUGCAAAUGCUGACCUUCGCUGUGCCAGCGAGCGGUUCCGGGAGUACAUCGAGGUCGUUCAAGGCCUGUCCGUCUGCCGCAGCCGAAAAAGAGUGGGGAACGUCCGCUGUAGCGGCCUCUGCUCCAACGGUCUCUGCUGUAAACCAACAAGGUUCAAAUCCCGGCGGACCAGAGUCUACUGCCCAGAUGGAACGAGUUUCAAGCAGGGGUGGACGAGAGUUCUAGAGUGUGGAUGCCAGGAAUGCUAAAGUCCAGAAAUGUCGUCUUAAAAAGUAUAAGAGAAAAGCUGAAGGACUGGACAGAAUAGAUGGCAUAUGUAAGUGUAAAAAAGAGGAAUUGUAAAAUGACCAGGAGAGGUCCACCCCGUGUGAACGUUGAUUCCCACAGGCCAGAGGACCUUGUGUAUAUGCAAGAGAUUUCUGUUUGGGCAAGGAAACCAAGCCAUUACCUCAUUUCAUAAUGAUUUGCUUCGUAAAUAUUGUGGGAAAUUCUCAAGAAGAGGGCUGGAUUCUACUUAGCUUUCUUUCACUCGUGAGUUUAGAGCAUUCCUGGUAGUAGCCGUAAAAUUUGCCAAGUCUGUACUGGGGAGGUUUACAGGAUUUCAGUGAUGACUGGAAAGCAGAAGGGUGGACAAAUUAGCCAAGACUUGGACCUGUAUAUAGUACUAGUUGGCACAUCAGUUGGUGUAUUUAGUAUCUGCUAUAAUUUUACAUUUUGGCAAGUUUGGUGAAACCAACUUGGAUGUGUGGAUAACAGACAAGUUCUGCUAAUCAUGGAAUGCAUGGAGAAAAUCAUGUUUUUAUUCCUUGUGAUGACUGUGUUAGACCGGACAUUCUGGUUUGGAUGUCCAUAGUUGCAGCGGGCUGUAUUUAAGGCAAUUCUGCUUUGUUGCUUCUAAUUCCCGAGGGGGAUGUUGGAACAGCCCUAGUUCUGGAGAGGGGUUGUUGGAAUAGCUCUGUCAGACUUAUUCAACACAGAUUGGACAUGGACUAAAGAUAGAUUCAUGAACUACAUAAGCCCCUGUAUCUAUGACACCUUAAACUGAAAUUUUUUCUUGACAUCUAUGAAAUUGUUGGAACUGAACUGAAUCGAUGUUUCAUGGAAUUAAGCUGUUGGAGCAUAUUGUGACAACAUAGUGCUUCCAUUGUAAUGUCUGUGUGCAAUAAGUCUGACAAGGGCUGAAAAAUAUGUCUCAUUGUAAUAUAUGGGUUUUCAGUGUUUGAAAAAUAAUGGUGAUGAUUAUGAGUGAUCCCUCUAAAAUGUAACAAAAUUAGUGAUUGAGUCGUCCAAAUCCCAGCAUCGGAGGUUGUCAGUAUUAUUGAUUAAUCUGUGUAUAACAUACCACAGGGCAAACAUAUUUUAUAUUACUGUUAUUUAUUCUGUGGUCAUUAUUUUUGUACCAGUGGUUUAGUGUUUGUCAUCCCUGUAGAAUGUUGCUGCCAACAAUGUGAAAACACUUAUGUAUGUAACAGUGUCUACUGUAGGAAAAUUUUAGAUAUAUAAGUUAUACAUAUUAUAUAUAUAUAUACACGGAACACAAACUUCAUCUGAUAUUCCAUGUGUAUAAUAGGAUGUCUUUACUAAGGUUGGAUGCCAUUGAAUUUCUUGUACAUUUGUUAACCAAUCUUUGUGUGUGUAUGAGGGAACACAGAAAAGUGUAUCAUUGCGUAGAAUCCAAGCUUUACAUGAUUGUUUAGUCCUGCUUAGCUGUGCGACACAACAAGACGGUACCUUUCCUCGAUAUGCGCAUGGCAACAGUACACGUAACAUACACGUAACUAUGUAGGAAAGCUUUCCCAGAUCUUAAUGGUAACAUUUACAUGUAAAGUGCUGCAUUGUAAAGACAAAUUAGCAUGACGUUAGGCUGCUACAAUGCCAGACUAGUUAGUCUGCCAUACAGAAACAAAGUCCUCAUGCAGAGAUGUUGUACAAAUGGUUGUAGGUCUUAACGUUGAAAAUCUAGCAUUAACUUGCAAUGGAGAUUUUUAUUGUAUUUAUCACUAUUAUGCCACAUAAAUCAAUAAAUUAUAAAACCUGAUGCCAAGGCUUGACUCCUUGCUUGUGACAUCAAUGAAGACAAAAUAAAUCUGACCUUCAUAGAGUUA